AACUGUGUUUCCGCCCGGAAGUGUUGUCCAGAGCCAAAAUGGCGCAACAGCUGCAGCUGGUUUCGGUUCAGGUGACAAACGGUACCGUUAAACAUUCAGAUCAUUGAGAGACCGGAGCGAGGUGACCGGAGAGCCGCACAAGGCCUGCCACCCACCGGACCGCGCACGAACGCCGUGAGUGACGUCAUUGCUCGGUGUGGAACAUGCUAGGCUUUACAGCUAACACGCUAAUGCUAACGUGUUGAGUCACCGUGAUUUACCGGGAGUUUACCGGCUGCGGAAGUAUGAAGGUUGGCUCAUAGCUCAGUUAGACUGUUAUAGUAUUAGAGGUGACCCGGUAGGAUCUGGUUCAGGUUCUGUCCGCAGAACAUUGAGCCAACAGUUCGCGGUCUACCGUGCAGCUCGAUGAGCUUCGAGCAGAACAGUCCUCGACAACGGAAGGUCAGUUAAGGUGGUCCACAGGGUCCUGUUCCGGAUACCUGUUACCUGUGCGUUUCAGGUUGUGAUGGCUGAGCGAAGGGUGGAGUGCACUUGGAAGAGACACAUCUCUGAACAGCUUAAGCUCAGAGAUCGAAUUCAGAGACACACCUUUGAAGAGAUUGUCCACCAAUAUAAUCGUCUCCUGGAGAAAUCCGACUUGCAGAACGUCCUCACAGAGAGAUACCAGGUGGACAAAUAUGAAGUUCAGAGAGGACAUGAGGCCAGUCCCUCAGACCCAUCUCGCGGUGAGCUCCAGCAGCAGGAAUUGGCUCAAAUGAAGAUUCGCCAUCAGGAGGAGCUGACGGAGCUACACAAGAAGCGAGGAGAGUUGGCUCAGAGUGUCAUCGAACUUAACAACCAGAUCCAACUGAAGGACAAAGAGAUCCAGAGCAACGAAGCGAGGAUAAUAGAAUAUCAGCAGCAGAGCGACCGCUUGGAAGGAGAUUGUCGUGAGCUGAGGACCAGCCUUCAGGAACUGGAGCAGGCCAAUCAGACGCUAAAAGAUGAGUAUGAUGCUCUCCAGAUCACCUUCUCAGCUCUGGAGGAGAAACUGCGUAAGACCACGGAGGACAACCAGGAACUGGUGUCUCGCUGGAUGGCUGAGAAGGCUCAGGAGGCCAACCGACUGAAUGCAGAGAAUGAGAAAGACAGCAGGCGGAGACAGGCCAAACUGCAGAAGGACCUUGCAGAUGCUGCCAAAGAACCACUACCCAUCGAACCGGAGGAUGACAUCGAGGUCCUAGCUGAGGAUGGAGGGAAGGGAACAGGAGAGACCUCCCCCAACCGGCCCAUCGGCAGGACUCUCAGCAGGAAAGCAGGCCAGCAGCCUCCUGGCGGUCUGCUCGACUCCAUCUCCAACAUGUUUGGCAGACGUCGACCUGCAAACUCCUUCAGCACCUCGCCAGAAACCAGCGAGCCUCCUUCUGGGGUGUGUGCGGAGGUCCGGGUUCCAUCCACAGCGCUGCAUGUGUUUGACGCCCACGAUGGUGAGGUGAACGCUGUGAGGUUCAGUCCCGGCUCUCGUCUCCUAGCAACAGGGGGCAUGGACCGCAGGGUGAAACUCUGGGAGGUGGUUGCAGGCCGCUGUGAGCCCAAAGGAGCGCUGACCGGCAGCAACGCAGGAAUCACCAGCAUCGAGUUCGACAGCGCUGGCUCGUUCCUGCUGGCUGCUUCCAAUGACUUUGCCAGUCGGAUCUGGACUGUGGAUGACUACAGACUAAGGCACACCUUGACCGGCCACAGUGGGAAAGUGCUGUCGGCUCGCUUCCUAUUGGACAACGCUCGCAUCGUCUCCGGGAGCUACGACCGAACGCUUAAACUCUGGGACCUGCGCAGCAAAGUCUGUAUGAAGACUGUGUUCGCCGGCUCCAGCUGCAACGACGUAGUGUGCACGGAGCAGUGCGUCAUGAGUGGACACUUUGAUAAGAAGGUCCGGUUCUGGGACAUCAGGGCGGAGAGCAUUGUGCGAGACAUUGAGCUGAUGGGUCGGGUGACAUCUUUGGAUCUGAACCAUGAUCGCAGCGAGCUCCUCACCUGCUCCAGAGACGACCUGCUGAAGAUCAUCGACCUGCGCACCAACUCCGUCCGGCAGACAUUCAGUGCUCAGGGCUUCAAGUGUGGAGCGGAUUGGACCCGAGUGACCUUCAGUCCUGACGGCAGCUACGUGGCCGGAGGCUCCGCUGAUGGAGCGCUGUACAUCUGGAACGUCCUAACAGGAAAGGUGGACCGGACUCUGGACCGGAACCACAACUCUGCCAUCAACGCGGUGUCGUGGUCGCCAUCGGGGGUGUACGUCGCCAGUGUCGAGAAAGGCAGCAAGGCCAUCUUGUGGUCGGACUUGUGAUUGGUUGGGGCUCCAGCGGGGGUGGGUCUUCCGGAGCUUUUAAUGUUUUAACCAAUAGAAGAGCGAGCUGGUGCUGCGCUCCACCUGGUGGUGAAGAACACUGAGCUGUGUCCACGCUCGUGGAGGAAGACCCAUCAAGAGGAAGAACCUUUGGAAGCUGAGCCUCCGCGUUAUUGGACCUGAACCAGGAAGUUCUCCACAAUAAAAGCCCCUGAAAGUGUUUAGUGAUGGGGAUUAAAGACUCGAAGUGAAUGUUUGUGGCACUUUUAGUCUGAAUGUGUGUAACACACACACACACAUCACAACACCGAUGCGUGUGUGUGCUUCUGAAGCUGCUGAAGUGCCUCUGAGUCGUACGCUGGUGACUCACCAGCGAACUUCAGGUCUGACCAAUCACAGACUAGCUUAAGAGGAGAAGGUGUGGUCUUUUUGCACAAAUGAAGCUGUUCUGUGAUUGGCUCCCGGGCCGUCUCAGGCCAUAAAAGGGUUCAGGAGGUUCUGAUGGAUCCUGAGUCUGGGCUGGACCAGGAUCAGCAGAGAAUCAGCCGACCAAUUAUUGAGCAAAAUAAAAUCAAUUAAACAACAUUCAGAGUUUAAAGAAACUAAUGGUAUGUGUGUAUGCACACACACGUGUGUAAGUGCUAAUGCAGCAGUGUGUGUGUAGCUGCGGUCAGCACUCCGACUGCUGACUGAGCAGAUCUGCUCCCAACUUCCCGAUCACGUGUACAGAUCCCGAUGAUCCAGCUUCUGCAGACACCUCUGGAUUAAAUAAUUCCACCCUGUUUGGGUCA